AUGUCUCACAAAUUUUAUAGCAUCAGUACAAAAGUGUCUAGUUAAGAUAAUGUGAAAAUAAUAAGAAUACAAUCUCACAAAAACCAUAAAUCUCAUAAUAAUCUUAUCAAUCCAAAUAAGGUGGAUCCUGAAACUUUGAGUCAUUAGAACAAUCAAUUGAAAACCUAGAUUAAUACUUUAUCGGAUGAAGUCUAAGUUUGGAAAUUAAAAUAUUAAUAACUCUAAAGAGACUCUACUCAAAAUCUCAUGUUUGAUAAUAGCAAAACAUUUUUAAUUUCCUUAAAAUAGUAACUGAAAAAAUUGGAAUCAGAUUUAAGCGAUAAAAUUAAAUAAAUAGAAGAGUACAAAAAGAUGAUUAAUGUCACCAAAUAUUAAGAAUUGCAAGUCGAAUUAUUUAAUUAUUAAUAAUAAGUGCUCUUCCAAUAACAGGAGAUAAAGGAUUUGAAGGAAUAAUUACAAGAGAAUUAAUCCCUCAAAAUAGAGGAUCUCUAUUAAAAGCAGGAGAAAAUAAUUUAGAAAUUAUCAUAAAAGAACCAUGAACUCAAAUCAGAAAAUACUACCAUGAAGACUGAGAGAUAUUUCAUAAACGGGUAAAUAGAAUCUCUGAAAACCUAAUUGAUCAUAAAAGACAAGGAAAUAAGACGAUUAAUCUCAGUAUAAAAGCAAUUAGAGGAGAAUCACUAAUUAUCAAAUGCUAUAACUAAAUCAAGAUAAUAAAUUUUUAGAGAGUCUAUUGAGAAUGCUUAAUUGCAAGAACAAUUGAAACAUUUAGAAUUUCGUUAUUCAACAGAUAUGAAGGAUAGAGAUUAAGAGAUAAAUGAUUUAAAACUAUAAUUGUUAGAAUACGAAGAAUUAAAGAAACAAAUAGAAAAAUACUAAUCUAGCUCAUAAGAGUAGAAACUCAAUUAAUUUGAUAUACAAAAGGUAGAAUCCAGACAAGAUUCUACUAGAAAAUUAAAAAUAUCACUAAAUAACUCAGGAAUAUCUUAGCAACAAUAAAAUUAUUCAUUUUUAAGAUAAUCUAGUUAAUAAUAUAAAUAAAGCAUGCAAAUGGAUUCAUCUAAAAUAUAGAAUACUGAAUUUACUAAGUAUUGUAAUGAAAUUGAUGAGAAUGAAAAACAAGUGGAACAGAGCAAUAGAAAAUAAAAAAAGAUUAUUAGAGUAAAUUAAUAUGAUGUGGCACAGUUUGGUUUGGAAAUAAAAUUUAAGUUAUUAAGUAAAGAAGUUUCAAUCUUUGAUGUUGAAAUGUUAUUUGAAAAAUAUGAUUAAUAAAUUAAAAUCCAUGAAUUAUUAGAUUUGUUGCUCUAAGAACCAUUCAAAAUUCAGAGUUAUGAAUAGAGAAAACUUAUUGCAAGGUAUUUGGUUGAGGAUAACAACGAAGAUUAUGUUGUUUAUGAUGCCUUAAGAAGUAAUGAUGUCUAAAUUGUCCUAAGUGUAUUUAAGUAAUUAAUUGGAAAAUAUGAAUUAUUUACAAAAAAGGAAAUCUAUUAUAUAGAGAAUGAAUUGAAAUAUAUUUUUGAGAAGUCCCAAUUCUAGUUUAAUGACAGCAUUUAAUAAUUAAUUGUUAAGAAGAAGCACUUAAAACCUGGCUAGUGUGAAAAAGCAGAUUAUGAAUAGGCUAUCAAGCUUGCAGAACUCAACCUUACGCCCAGGUAAUUGGAGUAUAUUUAUUUCAUUAAUUAUACAUUUUUCCAGGAUUUAUACAUAAUUUACUAUCAAAAUGUGAUGACAUAUUUUAAUAAAUCCAAAUGA